UGACAUUUUCUUUUACGCAUGUUAUCCGUUGUAUAGUUCGUCAUCUUUGGUAUUUUUUGCAGUCGAAAAAUGUGAGCUCAUAUUUAUUGCAAAUAUUUUCAUUAUAUUGGCACCAUAAAUAUAUUUUAAAUUGGCUGAAAGUGUAUAAAACUUUGAGCGGUAUCAACUUAUUUUUCAACUGUUGCCGUAUGGUCGGUCAUGGCCAGUGAAAACAUAAUGGACGAAUUAGCAUCAUUAAUACGUACGGAAAUUCCGGAUGGCAGACAGAGUUUGCGUGAUAGUUAUACAAAUUUAGAACGUGUUGCCGAUUAUUGUGAGGACACGUAUUACCGUGAGGAGAACAAAAAAGCGGCACUAGAGGCUACCAAAAACUAUACAACGCAGUCAUUGGCCAGUGUGGCUUAUCAGAUUAAUACUCUCGCUUAUAGUUAUAUGCAACUUUUAGAGUUGCAAGCACAACAAUUAUGUGAAAUGGAAUCACAAAUGAAUCAUAUUGCUCAAACAGUGCAUAUUCACAAAGAAAAAGUGGCUCGACGUGAAAUUGGUGUGCUUACUGCUAAUAAAGUAAGCUCACGACAAUUCAAAAUAGUCGCGCCCAUUAAUCCAGAAAAACCAAUCAAGUAUGUACGCAAGCCAAUUGACUAUUCGAUAUUGGAUGAUAUCGGUCAUGGUGUUAAUUCUACGCAAACACGCCAACAAAAGCAUCGUGGAUCUAGUCAUGGGUCCAUACAAUCAUUGGCAACAUCUUCGCUGGCACCCUCCGUCGGUCCGCCACCAACUACAAAACCACCAACACCACCGCAAAUGACACGCGGAAAUACUGGUACACUGGGUAAAUCUUCGAUGAGCAACACCGGUACGCUUGGCAAAAGUUCGCGUGAAUAUCGAACGCCACCGGUUGUUAAUCCACCACAAGUGCCUUCGCACUAUGCACCCAACUAUCCGAUUGGGCAUCCAAAACGUAUGUCAUCAGCUUCCUCAAGCACCACAGUCACCGGUAUCAGCAGUAUGGGUAUUGGUGGACCGGGCGGCACUAGUGGUGCACCAAGUGUGGUUAGUGAACGUGAACGUGAGCGCGGCGGUGGUUAUAGUGCAUUGCCUAUGCCGCCUAGUCAACAAAUAGCAACGCAUGUCAAUUUACCAUCAGCGGGUAUGAUGCAAUCUUUGCCACCACCACCGCCAACAACAUACGACGACAGAAGCAGUAUGCCGCCGCCACCAUCGCCACUCACUGUUUCACAACAUGAAAUUAGCGAACAAAGUCACAUUGGUAUGCACACACUGGGCAGAAAUCACAACAGAAAUAAUUUCAGUGUGAACUUUGCAAGACCUGGCUCACAGUCGCCACCACUACCACCGCCACCGCCGCCUGAGGAGGAACAUCAAGACUUUGGACGGCCACGUACAUCGGCAGGACAAGGUCAAUUGGCGCCUAUCGUGCCCGAGGAUCAGAACUUACCCGGUUGGGUGCCAAAGAAUUACAUCGAAAAGGUUGUCGCAAUUUAUGAUUAUUAUGCCGAUAAAGAUGAUGAAUUGAGCUUUCAAGAAAGCUCUGUCUUAUAUGUGCUAAAGAAAAACGAUGAUGGUUGGUGGGAAGGCGUAAUGGACGGUGUGACCGGUCUGUUUCCGGGUAAUUACGUGGAGCCAUGUGUGUAAACGUGAACAAACGUGUGUAACGUGUCAAUGACACUUAGUGGUGUUUUCAAAGUGCAACUAAAGUGAAAUAAAUGAAAUCACACACGUGCACAUAUGCAUAACUAAAUUGCCUAAAACGCUAAAUGUUACGCCGCAAAUGGGUAUUGAAAGUAUUUAAAAAUUAUUACAAUUACCAGCAAGAUAUAUUAAAGCGUAUAUUAUAAGGCAAAGCUGAGUGUUAAACAAUUCCAAUUUCCAACAUCAAUAGCAUUAAAUAGUCUGUGUUUAAGCGCGCAGUUAUUCCACGUAGUUUAAAAUUGAAAAACACAAAUAAUAAUAAAAUAACAACAAAUAAGCAUAAUAUUGGUGAAUGUAAUGUUAAUUGUGUAUGGCCUUUUCGACGCGAAAACUAAAACGCAAUAUUAUCGUUAUGCUGCGGAAUUAGUUGUGUGGCAGUAUAGUCAGAAAAGGUCGUACAUUAAACAUAAUACAUUUUUAUAGCAUUUUUUACACAAAAAAAAAAAUAAUAAUAAUAAUAACGACGAAGUAAACACAUUAAACUUAUUCAGAUGUAUGAAGAGCACAGUUAACGAAAGUAAAGUUACAUAGAGAACAAUAAUACUAGCUGCAAUUAACUGAAUUAAUUCAAUUACGUAUUCUAACUAACUUGAUAGGUAUUUGUGUAUGAGGCACAAAAAUGCUCGCAACGAUUCCUUUCUAAACGCCUGCAUUUAUUUGUAUGUAUGUAAAUCUUUUAUUAAACUAUAUAUAUUAUAUAUGUCUUCGAAUUAUACAAAUACCCAUACUCUUAAACUAUACUAUAUACCUUGCAUAAAUGACAGUCGACGUUUGUGUUUGUGUGCGCGUUUAAAAGAAGUAGCAAGCAGCAAAGAAAAAAAGAAAAACCGUUUUUGGUUAGCACAGUGUUGUGUUUAAAUUAAUUAUGGGUUGGCAAGUACCACGCCACAACUGUCUUCUUUGUGAAGUGCGCAGCUCGCGUCAAACUAUUUUGCAUUUUUUUAAUUAAAAU